GUGGUCUGUCCUGGUGGGCUGUCUCCUCUAACACUAUGGGGUUAAUCACAGGAGUGUUUGCCUUCUUGUAUCAUCUACCGCAGAUUUACAAAUGGCUGCUGAAACCUUACUACAUCGUGUCGUUCCUUUUGACCGUCGCUUUCUUAGUGGUCAGGAAGGCUCCAGGACUGUGUGAACACCUGGCGACCGACCGGGAGGACGGCAACUCCUGUGACUUCGACUGGAGAGAAGUGGAGAUACUCAUGUUUCUGAGUGCGAUUGUGAUGAUGAAGAAUAGAAGAGCCAUAACACUGGAGCAGCACAUAGGCAACUUGUUCAUGUUCAGCAAAGUGGCCAAUGCGAUCCUCUUCUUCAGGCUGGACAUUCGGCUUGGUAUUCUCUACCUUGCACUGUGUGUAGCAUUUGUCAUGACGUGCAGGCCUCCUCUCUACAUGGGCCCAGAGUACAUAAAGUACUUCAGUGACAAAACCAUAGAUGAGGAGCUGCAGAAGGACGGUCGCGUCACCUGGAUUGUUGAGUUUUACGCCAACUGGUCGUCUGACUGCCAGUCCUUUGCUCCCAUCUUUGCCAACCUUUCUCUUAAAUACAACUGCGCUGGACUCAGGUUUGGAAAGGUGGACAUUGGUCGCUAUGGAGAGGUUUCACAAAGGUACAAGGUGAGCACAUCUCCUCUGGCUAAGCAGCUGCCAUCACUGCUGCUUUUUCAAGGAGGACGGGAAGCUAUGAGACGUCCAAUGGUGGACAACAAAGGGAGAGCUGUGUCUUGGACCUUUAAUGAGGAGAAUAUUAUUCGAGAGUUCAACCUGAAUGAGCUUUUCCAAAAGUCCAAGAAGCUGAACAAGAAGCAGAACGGUUUUCAGACAGAAGAUGGCAGCGGAGAGCUUCAGCAGGAAACCAGCGAAGUGGAACAGUCAACAGAAAGCAAGAAAGACCAAUGAAGAAAUCCAGCAAGUAACAGGAUCGGUUCAAUUUUUUUUUCUGAUGUUGCAUUUUGGAUAAACUUUUAAAAAAAAAAAAGAAUGGAGUACUGAAAGCUGGUUCAUCUGUCAGACUCAAACUCCAGGGAGAAUCGAAGCCCAAAAAAACUGGAACAUGAACAAAGUCUUACUGCUACAUGUUUGAACCAAAACCAAGCAGAAGUUUAAGUUAUUUAAGUAGACAUUUUUAGGAAUGUUUUGUUAAUUUUUUAAAUGACUGAGUUUAACUUCACAGCUGCAUGUGAAUGUCUGCUACCUGUAUUUGUUACCCUGUUUACUCUACCAAAGUAAAAACAUGUUCAAAAAACAAGACCCAUCACAUUUUUAUUUAAACAGAUUGACCUUUUAUUCUGAGAAGACAUCUUCUUAAAAAUUCUUUAUAAGGCCAUUUUGGAAAUGUAUCUCAUAUACUCACUACAGAUAUUUGUGAAACUCACUCCAUCCGUCACAACCCACAAUAUCAAUAUUUAUUCUCACGAAGAAGUAUACUUGCUACUCGCACAUAUCGUCCAGAUUGCGAACCUUGGCCGACGCAGUGAGAAGUAACACAGGUUUGUGCCAUUAACGACGUUGGUUUCUGUCACCCGCAUGUGAGCAUGGUGGAAUUGACAGUCACACAAGAAUGCACGCAAGUGAAGCAGUCAGCAUGGCCAAGAACAGGAGAAAAAUAAAAAA